AGGAGUGGUCGUAUGCCGUUGUCGUAAGGUCGGAUUUCAGUUGUGCAAGAACGAGAAGGCAAUUGUGAGCCUUUCUCUCUCGACUCCCACGAGGCGGUCCGAAAUUACUUCGGGUAGCUUCAGAGAAUCGAAAAAGAGAGCAUGAGUCAGUUUGCCUUUGUCGACUUUCCGGAACUCUACGAGCUCACGUACGCAUGAUCUUGCAUAAUGUGGGUAGUGCACCCGAUGACCUGGCGUAACAUGUGGCUCGUGUGCUGAAGUUCGUCCUCGAUUCGACACUGCAGUUCCCGCGUUUUUGGUGCACCCAGUACCGGAUCUAAUAACAAUGACUCGAAGCAUAUGUUUGUGACGUUAUUUGAUGGCGCGUCGUAAUUAAUACUAUUCAGCAAUUGACAGAAGGGUGCAGUUAUGGCAUAUCCGGCAGCAAUGUAUGGAGCAACUAAUCCUCAAUCUCAAGUAAAUCCAGAAGUUCAACAAUGGUUUGCUGCUGUUGACAGAGAUGGUAGUGGAAGAAUUAGUGCUACGGAAUUAAAAUCUGCACUGGCAAAUGGUCAAGGAGGUACAUUUUCAGACACUGCUUGCAAUUUAAUGAUAGGCAUGUUUGAUAAAGAAAAAAGUGGUACAAUAGAUUUGUUUGAGUUUCAAGCUCUUUACAAUUACAUUAAUGCAUGGCUGGGUGUCUUUCGUGGGUUUGAUCAUGAUAAUUCAGGAAGUAUACAAGAAACUGAAUUAAGUGCAGCAUUAACACAAAUGGGAUAUAGAUUGAAACCAGAAUUUAUUUCAUUCCUUAUAAAAAAAAGUGAUCCUGCUGGACAUUCUUCUAUAACUGUUGAUCAGUUUAUUGUAUUAUGUGUCCAGAUUCAAAGGUUUACAGAUGCCUUUAGAGCAAGAGAUACAGAGCAAACAGGAGAAAUUACUAUUGGAUUUGAAGACUUUUUGGGUGUUGCACUUAAUUGCAGCGUAUAACACUUGCAAUAACUUUCAAUGAUUUUAAAAUGUUCAAUUUAAUUUUCUCAGGAACGCCUGAAGUUGAUAUAAAUCGUAUAAGUCAACUGUUCGCGGACCAGUCUGGUUAAUAGGCCGGCCCGCAAACCGAGAAAAAGACAUGGAUCAUUUAAAACUAAACCAGAAGAGUUUAUUAAGUGUAGAAAUGUUCAAAGUAAAGCAUUUAUUAAAGAACGAAUUCGGAAGGAAUGUUUUGACUUUAAGGUUGAUUUAGAUAUAACGAAAAAGCAGUUUCUUAAGACGCUAACGAUUGCAGAGAAGGUGAAGAGACCUCACAGAGAGGUGCCAGGUGUCCGUGAUGUAAUACCGGAACUAACACUUGAAAAUCUGAUUUAUUUACGAGGACUGGAAGUUGAAAUCAUCAAGGAUGACCAAAGAAUAGUACAGUAGAUCACCAUGUUACAGGAUAGAGCUAAGCUAGCGGAGACUCGUACGCGUACACCAGUCGCUUAACAGCUUGAUCCAAUCAAUGAUCCAUAUGUCGAUAAAACGAUUGAAUAUCAGACGCAAAUAGUAGUCAGAAAUUGUCGACUGUUCAACUUGAAACCUUUGAGUACUUGAAACAGUUGUUCAUUAAAUUAGGACGCAAUUCCCGUGAUACGUUUCACCAUGAAAAAUUUGCAUGUGUGAAUUGGAAAUUAGAUGCAAGGGCGUUCCUAAGGAAAGUUUAGUUGCGAAAUUCGAGCUAAUAGAAUCACUGUGGCUUAUUAUUCGAACAAUGCGGUUAGUGAACCUAGAUUGAUGGCCUCUAUACUAUUAGAAAGUAGCGGUUUUGACGAUUAUUUAAGCUACUAUUUUCUAUUUAAAUUAUCUCUAUUUUAAUCAAAAUAAAAACACUAAAAAUUAAACAAAUUCGAUCCUAAUAGUCCCCCAUCCUUUGGUACUUAAAAAUGUCGCGGAUUCUUAGAAUUGUGAUGUCACUUCCCAAAAAUCCAGCCAAUUAAAAUUUUAACAUCCUCUAUACUAUACAUAUGCUCAUUCAUAGGAAUAAUGAAAAUAAUUUCUUUUUUUUCAAUAAUGAUUGAUGAUGAAACAUGACCAGAGUGUCUUAAAACGCGUAUUUCCGUGUAAAUUCUUUUUCAUUAUGGACUUUGUUUAUACGUAAGCGCUGAUCCUACGUAACAUGUAGCUCGUGCGAUAAAAUGUCGGUUUUCCCCACCAUUCCGUUAAACGCUAAGGAAAUUCGUCGUUUCUAGUAUCGCCAUCGAUGUACUCAAUUUCCUAGUUCUUCUCGCCUGGCAUCAAUGGUUACCGAAUUUAUUUCGUCUAUUGUUUAGAAUUGGAAUAUAUUAUUGUUCAUUUGUUUUGUUGGUUUUAUUGAGAUGGAAGUAAUGGCAUCUGACGAGUGGUUACAUGGUUGGAUCGACGUCGAGAACGAAUUAUUUAUAUUUCGAAAUAUAAAUGAAACGUAUCAAGUUUCGAGAUUAUUUAUACCACGUUGAAAAAGAAAUGUAGCGAAUGCUAUGAUUUAGACGAUUAUGUGUAAAAGAUGCUUCGAUGAACCAUUAAACAAUAGAAUAAAUGUUUGGAAGUAUGUUCCAAUGUUGUCCCGUGCUAGGGAAGCACAAGAAAGAAUUCAGGAAUUCAACAGAUUAAAAAGAGCAAGGCAUCUUCUUGAUGCUAUUUUUCUUAUAAAUGAAUUAAUUUCAGACGGUUCAGAUGUGGAAGUGUUGAGUCUUGCUGGCACAAUAAUAAAGAGAUUAAAAGUUUUAGGAGUGUAUAAUAUACUAAUGGAAAAUUCUACAGAAGGUGCAAAAAUAUCAACAUUACAGCCUCCUCACACUGGCAUAUAUCAUUGUUGUACAUUUUGUUCAAGUGGUGGUAAAAAAGAAGCUGUCUGUGGCUGUGGAGGAACUAUGCCUGGAGGGUACAAAGGUUGUGGGCAUGGUCACAAUGAACAUCCAGGUGUGAGUCAUUGGUCUUGUUGUGGAUCAAUUUUACGACAUGGACGCUGCUUGGCCCUCCAAAAACACAUGCC